CACAGUAUUGAUAGAAAGAGAAAGAGAUAACUAUACUCCUAAAAUGGAAGCCAUGGUUCAAAUGCUUACCACCCUCUUCCUCCUCCUCUCACUUUGUUCAUCCUUAGGUGAUGGAUUGAGCUUAAACUACUAUGAACAAACAUGUCCGGGGUUUGAAUCGGCGAUAACCGAUGUCGUAAAGAAGUCGACGGCAAACGACAAGACAGUGCCGGCGGCACUUCUCCGAAUGCAUUUCCAUGAUUGUUUCAUUAGGGGAUGUGAUGGUUCUGUGCUGUUAAAUUCAGUAGGAAAGAACACUCCAGAGAAAAAUGGACCUCCUGACAUUUCACUUCAUGCAUUUUAUGUGAUUGAUGAUGCAAAGAAAGCAGUAGAAGCUAUGUGUCCUGGUAUUGUUUCUUGUGCUGACAUUUUAGCUCUUGCUGCAAGAGAUGCUGUUGUCAUAUCUGGAGGUCCUACUUGGGAUGUACCAAAGGGAAGAAAAGAUGGCAGAGUUUCUAAGGCAAUUGAAACCAGACAAUUACCAGCUCCUACCUUUAACAUAUCUCAAUUACAGCAAAGUUUCUCUCAGAGAGGUUUAUCCAUGGAUGACUUGGUUGCUCUCUCAGGAGGUCAUACACUGGGAUUCGCUCAUUGUUCAUCCUUCAAAAACAGAAUCUAUAACUUCGACACCACACAUGAUAUAGACCCUUCAAUGGCACCAGGGUUUGCACGUAGCCUGAGAAGCAUUUGUCCUCUGGGGAACACGGCAAAGAAUGCGGGUUCGUCGAUGGAUACUAGUCCAAUUACAUUCGAUAACACAUAUUUCAAGCUAGUACUACAGGGAAAGAGCUUGUUCUCUUCGGAUCAAUCCCUUUUGAGUAGCUCAAAGACGAAAGGGCUUGUUUCCAAAUUUGCUAGCUCCAAAGAGGCAUUCAAUGAGGCUUUUGUGAAGUCCAUGAUCAAGAUGAGCAGUCUCACUGGUGGACAAGAGGUUAGAUUGGACUGUAGAAAGGUUAAUUAGGUGAUUAGCUCAAUUUGAAACUAUAUGUUAGAGGAGAAGCCAGAAAAUGGCUUAGGGGUGCGUGU